AUGUUCGUCCUAAGGCAACCAUCAACAUCACGGGCCGGUGCCAUCCUUGCACGAGCCACGCGUCCUCCUCUCCGCACUUUCCGCAUCUCGGCCACGGCUGCCGUCGCGCACUUUGACACACAGCUCCUUGUCGAACGGUUGCAGAAGAAUGGGAUGACCCAACAGCAGGCCGAGGGCGUCAUGAAGGUGUUGGCGGAGGCCGUUGACGAGAGCGUGCGCAACAUGGAGGCAGGGCUUGUGUCCAAGAGCGAGCAGGAGAAGCAUCGGUACACGCAGAACGUCGACUUUGCGCAGCUCAAGAGCGAAUUGCAGCUGCACGAGAAGAACGACUUGACGUUGAUGAAGGCCGAGAACGACAGACUCAUGGCUGACGUCGAGAAGCUCAAGCAGCGUCUGCGGGAGGAGGUUAUGCGCACGCAAGCCGGCGUGCGCCUCGACCUCAACCUGGAGAAGGGGCGGAUCCGGGACGAGAGCACGCAGCAGGAGCUUAAGAUCAAGGAGGUCGACACGCGCAUCGAGAGCGAGAUUGCUGGUCUACGCACGCAGAUCGAGCAGGCAAAGUUCUCGAUCCUGCAGUACCUCGUUGGUGUGGCAACAGGUUCCGGUGCUCUUCUCCUCGCGUACAUGCGCAUGAUGCGGUAG